CUUUUUCAUUGCUCGUGAGUCUAUAAACUUUUUUUUCUUUCUACAAUAACCGCAUUGCCUCUCCCCAGGUAUCCCGAGCUCAAGAUGUGAUUGAGGAUGGAGACAUGGCGGCUCCCGGAGCCCUGGACUGCCUCAACUGCAGCAGUGUGGACGACGCGGGGUUCAAUGACACCCUCUAUGCCAACUUGUCCAGAAAUGACACCGUCAUCAAUAAGUUCUACUUUUAUCAGACGGCGCAGCUGGCGAUCCUGUGGGCGCUGCUGGCGGCGAUCGUGGCCGGCAACGCCACCGUGCUGCUCGCGCUGCUGCUCGCCAAGACCAGGAAGAGCCGCAUGAAGUUCUUCAUCAUGCAGCUGGCUAUAGCCGAUCUUCUGGUUGGGCUGAUAAGUGUUCUGCCAGAUUUAAUUCAAAGGAUCACGAUAUCUUGGCUGGCAGGCUCAUUUGCUUGUAGAGUCAUGAAAUUUUUACAGGGUGUAGUGACAUACUCAUCGAACUACGUGCUGGUGGCGCUCAGCAUCGACCGGUGCGACGCCAUCACACAUCCCAUGAAUUUUACAGGAAGUUGGAGGAGAGCUCGUGGGUUGAUAAUAGCCGCGUGGCUGUUGAGCUUUAUCUUCUGCGUGCCGAUGCUCUUCUUAUUUCACGAAGAAAACAUACAAGGGACCUUACAAUGCUGGUCGACGAUAAGCAAGCUGCAGUGGCGGGUGUGGAUGACCAGUGUGUUUGUGUCCCUGUUCGUCGCCCCCGCGCUCACGAUAUCCGCGUGCUACGGGGUCAUCGUCGUCACGAUACGACAGAAGAGCCAGCGGGUGCUCGGGAAGCGACCCUCUGUCACUAGGACUUAUAGUGACGACCUGGAGUCGCGCCGGGCCAGUAGCCGCGGCAUCAUUCCCAAGGCGAAAAUAAAAACAGUCAAAAUGACCUUUGUCAUUGUGUUCGUAUUCGUGCUCUGCUGGUCUCCCUACAUGAUCUUCGACCUGCUGCAAGUGUACGACUACGUGCCCGAGACGCACACCAACGUGGCCAUCGCGUCGCUCAUCCAGAGCCUGGCGCCGCUCAACUCCGCCGCCAACCCCGUCAUCUACUUCAUCUUCUCUAGCCGCAUCUUCAUCAGCCUCAGAAACAUCCCCCCGUACAAGUGGCUGUGGUGCCGCAUGAAGCGCGGCGACAGCCCCGCGCGCUGCACGGAGAGCCGCGCGCACACCGAACUGCUGACGUCAUCGCAUCGCCGCACGCGCCGCGAACACACCGUCAAGCUGAACAACGACACUACAAAGAGCUCGAAGCGUUCCCUGGACAGCAGCAGGAAGGUGCGGCUCCACCUGCCCGCCCCCGCGCCCCUCAACAACAACCACCCCCCGCUGCGACGCAGAGACGACACGUAUCUGUAGCUGCCUAGCUAGAUCACGGAUUAAAUCUUACCCUAGGACCUAGCGGGAGUGUAAAACGGUGUAGCAGUGCGAGCUAAAGCGCCUGCCGGACUCCGCGCCCCUUA